AUGGUAUCGCACGCCCAUUCAAAACAUCGCGAUGUUGUAAACAUCAUCUUCCUGUAGUAAUGUAAUCUAAUAAUCAGGUAACUUCAGAAGUCACCAUGAACACCCCUGACAGUGAGAAACGGAAAGCGGAUCUCUGGCUUCAACUGAGUCCCGCUAUCAAUGCCUCUCCAUCCACCACCAAUGUUCAGUCUCCAUGGGAUCUCAACAGUGGAGGUAAGAUCGCUGAUCAUGAUGACUGGUCCAAGAGAACAACGCUGACUCAAAAGGUCAUCUUUUGUAAUGCACUCGAGGACUAAUCAGGCCAGGGAAUAUAAGUCAGGGAGCAGAGAUUAGAGGCGGUGUUUGGGGCUGCUGAAUUUUAAACGAAAGGAAGGAAAUUCCCAAAAAAUUUCCAGAAUAUGAAUAAAAUUCUAGGAUGGGUCAGGCGUCUCUGAAUUUAUCGCUUCACCAAUCGAAACGUGGCGUUGUCUUGAGUGUUUGUUUUAUCUUUUUUUCACGUUUUCCGCGGGUAACCGUUCCGUUUUGGGGGUGUUAUGUGCGCGCUUUGUAGACCGAAUUAAAAUAAAAUACCUGGCAGCCAUUUUGCUCGCUUCGUGUGUGUCUGGGCCUCUCUUCGCGGGCCCUGAUCUCUUGCGACAAUCACGUUUCCACUUGAAACCGUGACUUGUAUUUGGGGAGAGUAUUGCGCUCUGUUCUGGCCUCAAAACGAAGUUCACCACACGUCAUUUGAAAGCUUGUUCACAGAGAACUCAUGGGUGUUUAGUGGCUUAUGCAUAUUUGUGCCUAUUUAACAACAAACCGUUGUUUUAAAAAAUUCAAAAAAUUAUGAAUUCUCUUUACUAAUUUCGCGUGCUUUCAGAUGAUUUGCAUAGUUUUACGUAUACAUUUUUUGGUAUUAUCGCGGCAGGCGUAUCUUCUGUUUUUUCUCCCUUAUCAACUUGCAAUUAUAUACAAUCAUCGGUUCUCUCUUGUUGUUUCGCUUUUCGAUCAAUUUCUCUUCGCAGUUAGAGCUUGAACUUUUUCCAGGCGACCUUUUCUUCUUUCCACUCGAGCAAUAUGUACUUACUCAGUUAUUAUCUGAUGUCAAUCUUUGCCGAAAUACUUGCGAGAGACAACUUUUAUUUGCAGUUUUUCUUAAUUGGAGCUUGAGGGCGGAAAUCGCUGGAUGUCGAUUGGGUUGAGAUGUUUUCAGCGGAUUACUUGGUAUACUUGAGACUUUUCUUGUGAUCAUUCUGUUGUACUAACCAGCCUGAUCUGAGUAGGAAUCGAAAUACGAAUUUUUAGAGAAAUCUUUCCCUUUUUGAGCUUUUUUAAUGCUUUGACACGCGUUUUCUUCCAUUCUUUGGCCAGAAUUCCUUAGGGGUGCACUUUGAUAAUAGUAAUUUGUAUUACACUGUUUGUGGAUGUUGGUUGGGACUUGGCCAUGCCUUAACAGGCAGGUUCACCUUUUUUCAGAUGACUUUUGUUUAAUAAUUAAUGCCUUCACCGUCGUAUGCAUUUUGUACGUACUUUAUUAUAAGCGUAAUUACAUGUAAUGGAUUGUAAACUCGUAAUGGUUUCUUCUUGUUCAUCCGUCUUUCAACCACGGACGAUAAUCAGUGUCAUAAAGUGGCAAUCUGUUUAAUUCUUAACGAACCCACCUUGAAUUCCCUUUUAAUUUAGGAAAUUAGUUUGGAAGAGUGACACAACUUUGGGCCUGAAUUCUUAAUCCGCGGCAUUCUUAUAUAAUUUUGUCUCUCUGUCCACGGCACGACUCUGGGUUCCUUCCCUGGCCGUUUCUCUCGCCCAAUGUUAGCAUGUUGUUCUUUUCGAGAGCGAGAGUCUGUGAGCCUGGGAUGUCUGUCCUUCUCCUUUUUCGGGGCUUCACUCGGCCUGUUCUCUUCCUCGCCUUCCCCUUUUUUGACAACACACGACCGGCCAAAAGCACUGAGGCACGUGCGGCAAUGCCGGUUUUCGAUUUUGCCGCUAUUCGCACUUUCUGGAGGAAGUCUUGGGAGUCGGGUUUCUGAAUAAGCGAAUGGAGUUCGGCCGUGGUGUUGAAACAAUCUCAUCUCCAUUUCUGUGCCAGACAACCGAACACGCGCUGGUCCGUACGUCGAGCGCGUUUUUGAUUAGGUGCUAGCAAGAUUUUCGUGACUGAGCCAGCCAUGAUUCAACCUUUUACGCCGCUCUUGUGGCCUUUCUUUUUCUCUUCGUCGCUCCGUUUAAAUCGUCUAUUUGGGAAGAGACUGAUAGCUACCGGUAUAUCGGGGAAGGAAUUCACAGCAAUAAUUCUGCUCUGUAAUCUCUGCGUCUUAAUAGGUGUGGCCAUGUACCAGGUCUAUUUAUCUUGGACAUGACUUGCGGGCGAGGCAAUCAUCCAACGAUGUUUUCCACAUUAACCUGCUUUCCUCAUGUGUUUUGUAGGCCAAGUUUGGAGUAUGUUUUGCAAUUUGGAUUACAGAUUCAGAGAGCUCUUUGGAUUGGGGGAAAGGGGAGACCGAGUGGGAGAAGGACAGGGGCAACGGGUCAUGAAUGAAACAUAAAAGCCGACGAACGGCAUAGUCUCAGGCCGCUUUCUCUCCUCGCUAUCAUACAUGGAUAUCACUUGUCUUCUUGACAUAGACACGAGAGCCCAGCAACUUUUUACUGCUGUUUAAUACGUUUUCCUAAUUUUUUUUUCUGGCCGGGAGAGGGGGGGGGAUAUCUGUCCGCGGGUGCCAUUUCAAUACGACAGCUAAUCGGUCGUUAAUACAUUCAUUCAUCCGUUGGGUGUCUUCUCUCUUUUUCGACGUUGUUUCUGUAGUCAUGAACACUCUUUUAUGGCAGAACGUGGUAGAUUAUAAUGUUCCUUGUCGCGAAACUCUCCAUUUACCUGUUUCAAUUUCAAGUGUCCGUUUUGUGGGAGCUCGCGUAAAAUAAUUUGGGCCAACAGUGCACCUCCUUUCGUUAUAAGAGGUCAAACUGGAGCCCCGGAACACCGCCAUUAUGAGCUCCAGUAUGCUCGACUGGUUCUUGAGCACUCUAACGCCGACCCCCACUGCCACUGCGUCGGCAGAAAACUCUCGUAAGUCCAACAAAAAGUGGAACCAGGGACCUCGCAGGACAAAACACUCCAGGGCCGAUUUCGAAAUUUUAAAUUUAAAUCUUUUUGGUUCUUCAGAGAUGCCGAGCACCGCUGAGAUCAUUCAGAAGUGUCUGAACGUGAACCCUUUCGACCUCAAGUUCCGGGAGGCCAAUAUGCAAAUUAAUGGUCAGAACGAACAGACUCCGGACAGUGGCGGUCAGAUCAAUCUCCCGACGACUCCAUCUGGCCUUUCCAUGCUCAAGUUACCCUCCACUUUGGCUCAAUCUCCAAGCAUUUUCUCCAAUUUGAAUGUUUUAAAUGCGGCCGAUCUGGAGAGCGGACUCAGAAAAACGAUGGAUUUUCAGCGAAAGGUCCAACAAGUAAAUAAAAACAAUCAAAACACUAGAACCUACUGUAUUUUUAGUUACGUGACAAUGCAAACUUGGUCAAACAGGAAGGCAAUCGAACUCCUUGCACUGCCGAUGUUCUGAAUGCCGUGCUGGACAUGAAUAUGAACCAUCUGGGGAAUGGGCCGAUUACAAUUCCUUCCACCUCGUCACUCGUUGCUGGUCUUGCAGCAGCAGCCCAAAGUGUGUCGACUGUCGCUACAUCCGCGGAUUCCAUGAAUCUGGUGAAUACGAUGACCUCUUCGGGCACUGACCCGAUUGUCAAGGAGCUGAAGGCUCUUGAUUCGACUCCUUCUACCACCAAGUCUGAUGAUUGCAGCGCCUCCACUUCUCAAGUCACAUCUCAAGCAAACUCAUUUCCUCCGACAUCUGAAUCUGAGGCUUCGAAUACCGAUCGGGGUUCGAAUCUUCUGCACGCCAGCAGCAUCUCCAACAUGAUCUCUAAUUCAAGCACCCUUACCUUAAAUCCUGUAAAUAAUAGUAUGCCUAAUCUGCAUAGCAAUUUCAAUUCUAAUCCUCCAACGACGACAGGGCCACCUUCUAAUGGUCUUCUAAGUGCACGCGCCAGCCCUGCCUUGAAUGUUUCGCCGCGAUCGACGGUUCUGGAGUAAGUAGACUCAUCCCGGAUUCAUAAUCGAUACCUUUUGCAGUUUGAACAAACCUCUCCUCAACAAUGGCCUGGAUUCCCUAUCAUGUGUGAAUACUGAUGCCUGGGAUACCUUGAAUGAUAUCAAGCCCUUGAUCAACAAGCCCUACAGUUCUUAUGAGACCCUUCACGGUCGAUUGGAACUAAAUACCAGCGCUGCUGGCAGCGAUAUUGGGUCUCAACCAAACUCGCUUGAUGGGCCCAAUAAGCCAAGGAAAUACGCGCGAUAUCAUAAUCCUGGGUAAGCCUUUAAAAAAUCUUUUAUAUACGAUUAUAGGGAAGUUUAUGUGCCCAAUUUUACUUAAUUUUUCCGCAUGACAAUUUACUAUUUUUCAAAGCGUGACACGAAUAUUUCUUAGCAUUUUAAUUUCAUUUGCGAUAAAUAUUGUUACAAAAUUGUAGUAGAGGGUGAGGGUGUAAUCAGAAGACAAAAUAUCUUUGCUUUUCGGGCAUUUGUAUCGGACUGAAAUAGAUAAGAGAUGAGCAUAAUUGAAACUAACUGGUUACAUUAAAAUGACGUCAUUGAAAUCGUCAAUUAUUGCAAUAAUUUAUCUGUUAUAACUGUGGUUGCAGAAGUAAUGAGAGUCACACGACUCAAAGUAGUGGCCGCGGUCGGGGAAGACGCUCUCUGACCAGUGAAAUGCCUCCAGACGAAAGAAGGAUGACAAUUCUGGAGAGAAAUAAGGCUGCUGCAGUCAGAUAUCGUAAGAGAAAGAAGGAGGAACACGAUGAAAUGAUGACCCGAGCACAGACAUUAGAACAGGAUAAGGUGAGAGUUAUUUCAACUUUUAAUUUUACAAAGUUUACAAUUUUUAAAUUUAUUUCUUUACAGAUUUAUUUGCAAACUCAGAACUCAGUCCUAAGGCGAGAAGUGGAGCGACUGACAGAGAUGUUGAAGAUCCGAGAUGCUCGAUGUAUUUGCCGGAAUGCCAGUGGCCUCCCUUUAUUUAACGGAGCCGAUCUAAACAACGAUCAUUUGGAUUCGGAGUCCAAGAACUUGGCCGCCAUGACAUCCAGUGGCCUCGAUCACACUCAAUUCCUCCUUCAGAACAACUAG